GAGAUGCAGGAAAGUGUUAGACAUUAAGUUAUCUGCUGUUUUUGGUAACUUAAUGCACAAGUAGAACCUUUAAUCCCUGAAUACAGCAGUGUUGUGACUUAAAAAAGAUAACAACAUGAAGUUAGAGUUACCAGAAACCUUUGCAGAUGUUGCUGUGGACUUUUCAGUGGAUGAAUGGAAGAUGCUGAGCAAGGAGCAGAAAGAGUUACACCGGGAAGUAAUGGUGCAGAAUUUUGAGCACAUGGUCUCAGUAGGAUACAACAUUCCAGUGCAGAAGCUGAUGAUGUUUAUUGAAAAAUCUGAUGAACCUCCACUUAAUGUUCAAGAAGAAGCAACCACACUGCAAGUGCAUGUUCCUGAAGCCCCUCAAGCCAUCAGUAGGUGGUCGAACUGCGAGAGUCACAGUCAGACAUCAUCAUCAAAAGAUGUUGUGAAUUCUGAAGACAACAAAAGCUUCACUAAUAAAGUUCCAGCUACAAGAAAUGAAAACAUUCGUACAGGAAACCAAUACCAUAGAUACAUGAUGUACGGCACAAGGUUUCAGGAGAAGAAUGGGGUGAAAUGUUAUCUACAAAAUCAGGAAGUAAAGAGAUUGUACAAAAAUGGUUACUGUAACAGGAGUUUCCUGUUUCCAUUUAUGUGUAGGACCCAGUGUUAUGCUAAAACCACUGAGGGAAGUAGGAAUGGUUUCCAUUCCCAUCACAAGUUCAACUGUUCAAGAAAGUCUAGUGUGUAUAAAAAGUGGGAAAAGUGUAGGAACAAUUUAGCAACAAACCAGAAAUCUCUCAGUGGUGGGAAACCAUACAAGUCUUGUAGAUAUAUGAAGGGCAUCUUAGACAAGUAUAAAAAAAUGCGCUACAAGAAAGUCUGUAUCUGGAAGAGGCCAUAUGUAUAUGCUGCAUGUGUCAAACAUUUUACAUGGAAAAGUAAUCUAAUAUUGUGUGAGAGUAUCCACAGAGCACAAAAGACAUAUAAAUGUACAGCAUGUGGCAAGUGCUUUACAUCAAAGUACAGCCUUAGAGUACAUAGCAGCUUCUACAGACGAGAAAAAACACUCAGACGUGCUGAAUGUGGUAAGAGUUUCACAAGUGAGGGCCACCUCACAAUCCAUGAAAAAAUCCAUGGAGGAGAGAGACCAUACAAAUGCAACAAUUGUGACAAGAGUUUUACAACAAAGGACCAUCUCACUGCCCAUGAAAGAAUACACAGUGGGGAGAAGCUGUACACGUGCACCACAUGUGGCAAGAGCUUUGCACGGAAAGGACAUGUUACAGACCACAUGAAAAUUCAUACAGGAGAGAAACCACACAGGUGCAUUACAUGUGGCAAAUGUUUUGCACAGAAGAGCCACUUAACCAUCCAUGACAGAAUACAUAGAGGGGAGAAGCCAUUUAAAUGUGCCAUGUGUAGUAAGACCUUUAGAGCAAAGUACGCCCUAACAGUCCAUGAGAGAAUUCACAGUGGAGAAAAGCCAUAUAAGUGCACAGUUUGUGGUGCAGCUUUUACAAGAAAGCAAAACCUUACAAACCAUGGUAAAAUUCACACUGGAAAUAAACCCUAUAAAUGUGCUACAUGUGGCAAGUGUUUUAUACUGAAGAGUGGCCUUGCAGGCCACGAAAAAAUCCAUACCACAGAUAAGAAUAAAUCAUAUAAAUGUGCUAUAUGUGGCAAGAUUUUUGCACAUUACUCUAUUGCUAUUCAUGUUAAAAGCCACAGUGAAGAAAAGCCAUAUAAAUGUGAAGUUUGUGGCAAGAGUUUUACACGAAAGAGCAAUCUUAGAACUCAUGAGAAAAUUCAUAUUGAAAAUAAGUCCUAUAACUGUGCCACAUGUGGGAAGAGCUUCUUCCAGAGGGCUGACCUUGCAGUCCACGAGAAAAUCCAUAAUAAGGAAAAGGAGGUAAAGCUGCAGAAGGAGGCCAUUCUGGGUGCCCUGCAGAGUCUGAGAGGGACACUCAUGGAAGGCCAGAACCGAGUCUGUCAACUUUAAAUGUGUCCUGAAUCAGAAAUGGGGUCAGUUCAUGCCAUUGCAUUUAUCUGACAGUGGGUGCAACAAACCACUUGGUAGUUGCAUGUAACUGAGUAAAAACUUCAGUAUUGGGUGUCAUUUCAGGAGUCUGAACUACAUCACGGUUAAAGCCUAUUUAUAGGUCCAUAACUAAACCGCAUUUAAGUUCUCAGUGUAAACGUAGGUCAGAAAAAGGUUACGCUCUUGGAAAGAAUUGCCACAUCCAGAGCUUCUCAAACUGAAAAGAGGAAGUCUUUACAGACAGUCUGUGAAACAAAUCGUGAAAAAGCUUAACUCUGGUUCAUAGAUGGCUACUAGGUAUGUGGGCCAGGGAACCACUGAGGAGAGUAAUCCAGUCUUCAAUUUGCCCCAAAGCAGUAUCUGGUUAAGUGACUUGCUGACAGUAUUGCAUUAGGCAAAUGAAAGCUGAAGGAAUCAAACCCUGCACCCCAGGAAGCAGCUUGCAAACAAUGUAUAGCAUUGAUCCUUGCAUUAACUGCCUGGUCAUUAUUUUCUUGAGUAGAUGCAGAAUGUGCAGAUCAAACAUUUACUUUGCAAACCUUUAAUGUGUAGAAUGUUAACUUUUCGUUUAGAUAAAGACAGGCGACAAGCCUGCAAAUUCGGAUGUUGUUACUGGAAGAAAUGAAACCUUGAAACACCAGUAACACUUAAGUGGAGGGCACAACAAAUAGUGGGAAUUGAUGAAGCAAAACAUCACUUAUAAGGAAUAAAAUGCAACAUUAUCUUAAAUUACUGUUAAAUACACUGGCACCAGCAUCCUUGUGAGGAUUUGGAUAAGUACAUUUAGUCUAGGGGAGAAGAAAACCACAUAUGUUGUGAAAGUGAAGCCCUAGAAAGUGUGCAUAUGAAACAUAAAACUGUAUUUAAGGAAAAAACUUGGUAUGCUAAAAUGAAACUUAAUAAAGAAAAAAAAAAUGGUAUGUUAAAAUUAAUCAUCCUACAUGUUCUUCGUGUUUCAC